AUGGGCUGUCUUCCUUCUCGACACCAACUCAAUAAUUUCAAGGAGGAGCGCCGUCAGGCAAUGGUCGAACGAAGAAUGAGUCGUCGGCUGUCUGAAAAGAAUGGUAACGGAUACUUGUCUCCGCCUCAAACAAAUGAGGAAGAGAACUCCGGAAGGAGCACACCCAAUGCAGUUUGGACAGAGGAUGACACGUACAUACCUCGAUUCGAUUCGACACUGCCCAGACUCCGAUGA